AUGGGCUGUGGACUGUCGACGUCGCAGCUUCAGGCAGUUUUAUCCGAAUGCGGAUAUAGUUCGAUCACAUCUAGUCUGGCCUCGACUAUUGUCAACCGGAUCAAUGAUUUCACAAAAGAUUGGAACGAAAUAGCCAUGUUUCUGGCGCAACUGAUCCACGAGAGCGGUGGCUUCCAGAAUCGAGAGGAGGAUGGCGGAGGUGCCGGUCAGGAAUACGGAACGCGAUACUUUGGACGUGGAUUUAUACAGUUGACAUGGGAGGACAACUACAGGAAGGCUUCGCGGGCGCUCUUCGGGAAUGAUCGACUGGUUCAUAAUCCGGCUUUGGUGUCCAAAGAUCCGGACCUGUCGAUGCGCGUUUCGGUUUGGUACUGGUUAGAGGUAGUCCGUCCGGAAGGCGGCCCUAAGCAGAACAAAUUCGGCAUGACUACCAAGGCGAUUAACCCCAUAGAAGGGGGUCCGGAGCACCCUGCUGCGAAGAGACGCUACAACUUCUACCGGAAAGCGGCCAAUGUUUUGGGUGUCAAGGAUCUGGCCAGCGAUGAGUGGUGGUAG